GAGCACAGCAGCAAAGAGAGAGAGAAACAAACUGCUGCCAUAGGCGGUGAGUCAUUUUUGUAGUGGGGACUGAAGCAGCCAAACUGAGCCAAAUUGACUUCAAGUUUGCUUGAAGCAAAUCAACAACACACGAGUGGAGACUUCAGCAUGCCAUUAGAACUCAACUUUCUUCCAGAGGAUUUAAGAGUGAUUCUUGGGAUGUGAAGAGAAGAAGAGGAUCCUGGAACCUGCAGCCACCUGUUGCAGUGCACUUUUAGCAUCAAUCGGCAGCCACGCCGCUGUUGCAAGGCACAAGUUAAAAAAACUAAAUCAUUUAGCUCAUUACUCGCCUGGUUGACCACACUUAGCCAGUUAGCUGUCUCUUUCCUUUAACUAACCCGUCAAAGAGAAACUUUCAGGGAUUGACAGCAUUAAAGAUGACUUUCGCAAUGCUGCGCACGGCGUCUCCCGCGGGCCGCUUCUUGUACGGCGACAUUGCUCUCCUCUCCGAAGAUGAUGAUGAGAAUGGCAGCGAAGGCUCAGGCUCAGAGGAGCACUCCACCAAUUCUGCGGCCUUCCGCCUGUCCUCCUCGUCCCCGUCUGCCUUUCACAUCAAGAUGAGCAGGAAGAGAAAGCUGUGCAUGGGAGCAGCAGGUACGGCAGCGGUCGAGGCCGUCCUAGGGAGGCUGGGAGCCCCGGGCUCAUCUGGCCCCCCUGAAAUUCGUCAGAGGACGGCGGCCAAUGCUCGCGAGCGGGAUCGAACCAAUUCUGUCAACACCGCAUUCACCGCGCUACGGACACUCAUCCCCACUGAGCCUGCCGACAGGAAACUGUCAAAGAUCGAGACGCUUCGCUUGGCCAGCAGCUACAUCAGUCAUCUGGGGAACGUUUUGCUCCUGGGUGAGGGGCUGCAUGACGGACAGCCCUGCCACGCCCCAUCGCCGCCGUUCUUUCACGUCAACUCCUCCCCGAAUCGAGGAUCUGACCAAUCAGGCCAGCCCAAGCACAUCUGUACGUUCUGCCUCAGCAACCAGAGAAAAAUGAACAAAGACAGAGACAGGAAGACGGCCAUCCGAAGUUAACAACCGAAUGGAGAAAAGGCCGCCACACAGCCGACGCUCUCAGUGAUUUAUUGUUUUUGAAUACAGUAGCUUGAAGACUCAUUAGAUGUGCGAUACAUUUCUGAGACUUAUCUUCAAGUACUACAGCACUUCUUAUCAGACUUUCAACAACUUUUCAAAAGCAUGUCCUUGUAUAACUUUUUCUACAGUGCUCUUAAGAGAACUUUUUGAGUGUUUUCACUUUGGAAAAAAAAGCAUUUCAAGACUCUCUGUGACAUGCAUUUACUGUAGAAGCCAUGAAGACCUUUUAGUUGUGGGACUUUAUUACUGUAGUCACAGAGUGUAAAGAGCACUUGGCACAUGAUCACAAAAACACAAAAACCUAUGAAAGACAAAUUUGUAUUCAUCAAAAGCUGUGUAAACUGUAAUAUAAAUGUAUAUUUAUGUGACAUAACAUUAUAUAUGAAACUAUGUUAUUUAACAGGCAUAUCAGUUUCUUGAAAAUUAACUAAG